CUGGGACACUGUCAGUGCUUGUUAUUGAGAAGGUGACAUGCAUGCAAAUUAUAUACAACAUAUAUUUUUUUUUCAAAACAACGAUGUAUUUUUAAAGACGACAGUCCCUACCUGUAGUUGGAUGACGAAACAUGUGCGGUAGCAGACAAAUUUUUGGGAAAACAUGGAAUCUUGGUACCCAGCGGUGCAUUCCCAUGAAAGCACCAAACGUGAAAUAGAAAACAGAUGUCCUUGCCCAGAGUGCUACCAGUACCAUUCCUCUUCAAGCUCCGUUCAUUCGAGCAAUACAACGAAAAGCAAUGAUCUUUUCGGCGAUACAUCCCCUAUUUCGCCUUCUGAUGCAUUUCUAUCACCAAGUCCCCAGAGUCCACGUUCUGGACACGGUGUACACCCCUCGAUAACAAGACAAUCUACGAAUCCACUCUUUGGACAAAAUAGAAACCUUUCUUCCAAUGUGAACGCCAAGGGUGGAUGGUCAUCUGCGAAACCUUUUUCUGAACCUUCCAAUAUAGGACGUGAGUGUAACUCUUCGAAUCAACUUACUGAACAAAAUAGGAUCCGUUCUUUAAGCCAAUAUAAUGCGAACGGUUUCCCUGGAAGGUGUGAAUGCACAUGUGGCAUACCUGGCUCACCUGAAGAGUACACAGACCACGGUAGUUCAGCACAGUCCGUGUCACUUACCUGUCUCUGUCCAUCUUCCAUCAUAAGUGAUAACACACCAAAUACAGAAAAGCCGAUCGUUUAUCUGACGUUUUCGGGGAAAAGCAAAAGACAUUUUCGUGAAAUUAAACAGUUGUGUGAUGAACUUAGAGAUUGUCUAAAUUUUUCGGCGAAGUGUGACAAUUAUGAUGUCAUCAGACAAUCUGGAGAACUCAACAUUGUUCAGUGGAGAGACACGAACUUUUCAAAGGCUCUGUGGAUACUAUUCUGUAUAUCACCCGAAUACAGUAACACUUUACGUUGUGUGAGAAAAAACAAUUGUCUCUCUGAUAUUAGUGAAAACGAAAAGGGGAUACUUUACAUACACAGUAUUUCAACGGCUGAGUUUUUGGACAAUGGAAGUCGUAACUUUCGGAUGAUUCCUGUAGUUUUUACCAAGAGCAAUGCAAGUGUACAAGAUAUUCCAUGUUUUCUGAGAUCUUCUCCAUUCUAUAAAUAUCCGAUGGAAAAAGAAAACUUAUUCGAACGAUUAAUACAAUAUAAGUAGUUUGAAACGAAGGAAUGCACAGAAAAAAAAAUCUUAGUUCUAAACUAUUAAAGAGAUUUGUAAUAUAUAGCAAGUGCAACAGUAACAUGUAAACAGAUUUAAACUUGAUUAAACCCCUGUUUCCUGUAUCAAGGUCUACAGAGCUUCAAAAUGUGGCUUGUAAAAACCGAUAUGUGAAUGCAGUUUAACUGCGACUUCCAGAAACUAGAUUCGGAAGAUAUGCACAACUGAAAAAUGUAUUAGACAUUUUUAUCUCAAGAACUAUACAAGAAAUUUUAGCUGUAAAUUUCAGUAUUCAUUUUGCUGCAAAAAAUGUGGUAUUAUGUAUUUAUGAUAUUAAUUUAACAUAACCUUGAAAAUUGACAUGAUUGAGCCAAAUUUUAUAUACCUAAAUGACAGAUUUGUGCACUAAAGCAAUUUUGAUAACUACAUACACAUACAAGUACUUUUAAAUGAUAACUUUAAUGUCUUAGUUAUGGCACCCUGAAGCAGGAAUGUAGUAAUAGAGGUCCAGAAAGGGAUACAAAGUGGUAUCCAAGAAAUAAUUGUCUAUAAACAUUCAUAUAAUAUAAAGGUAAGUCUGUUUUAGAAUUGAAAUAUAUAACAAUUUUUAAAAAAAAAAAAGACUGGGGAGGAAAAACCAGGGGAUAUUGGUUCAGUCUGCUGAAUUGACUUUCAAUAUAAUACAUGUACCAACUCUCGAAAAGCCGGGUUUUGAUUAAGUUUUCUGUAUAUAAAAGUCCACAAAUAUACUUUUAACAAGAAAUUGCUUGUUACUACAUGCAAGAUAUGUCUUUACAACUAAAAGCCUUAGGAUGAACACAAAGUGAUCGUUGGUAAAUGGAGAGAUAUCAAAGCGCAAAGUUUCCAACCUUCUGUCCCAUAUUGUUCAGCUUCUCUACAUCACGAAUCAUUAGAAUUUUUUCUUAAUACAUGUAAUCACAAGUAGCAAAUCUUGAUUGGCAUUUACAACUCUUAUAUUACACGAUGGUGACAAAAAUUGAUUCAUUUGAUUUCGCGGUAAAAGGUAGUAUUUAAAACCUUAAUGUCAUACCUUUGGACUUGUUAAUAAUUUUUCUUUUUAAAAUAUUUUUAACAAGUGCAUAAUUUGUUAUCUCUUGGUCAUCUCUCAUUCUUUUAAAAACUCUAUCCACAUAUGCUAUCUCGAAAUAGUAAGUAAGUAAAUAUUUUAUUAAAGUAACAUAUGUGUAUGUCAAAAGUAUACUAUAGUGCAAUACAAUGUUGUAUAUCAUUAAAUUAGACCGGGCCCCUUUCACCUUUAUGUCAAUUUGAAAUCAUUGAAUAUACAAAGUAGAUACAGUAUUUGAGCGCAUUAAUGUACCCUGGUUUGUACAGAUAAUUUUGUAUUACUGAGUAAAUUAAAUUGAGGUAUUUGGCA